UAUUUUUAUUUAAAAAGAUUAUAUUCAUCUAUUUUAAAUCGUAUACUCUAUUGAAUAAUCAAAAAUAAUAUUCAUAAUCUAAAAAUAAUGUAAAUAAAUGUUCAUACUUUUAUAUUUUAUUCCCUUCUCGGUUCAAAACAUAUUUUUAUCACAUGGAAUGUUUUUUCCCUUAAAACGUGUGAUUAUUUCAAUGAAAUUUCUAAUAAAUAUAAGUAGAAAUUCGAGAAUCAUCAGAGGGCAGGGUGAAAAAGUCCAGGAGAUAAAAACACCAUGAGAGGGUCGUUUCAUCACAAAGUUUUUUUCGACUCUUCGAAACUUCAUCUCAUCUUAAGCUGAUUUUUCCUGUCUCGCCAUGGCCCAGAAACAAAGUAAGUUAAACUCUAUCUUUUAAAAAUACUUGUCUAGAUAAAAUGUUUUGCUUUCUAUUUUGAAUGUCUUGUUGUAAACAAUGUUUUAUAGAUUUUUAAGUAUAAGAUUGUUAUAUUAACUAAUUGAGCAUAUUAUUAUUUUUUAGAAAGUAUUUUUCACCUAACAAGCUUUCCGUUUUAGUCACAAACGCUUUGGAAUUGAUUGCGUUUCAAGAAUUAGAUCGAAUCAGCGCUGAACAACUCAGAAUCCAGAAUUCGGAUGCUGUCUCCGAUCCUAUUCAAGACAUCCAACAGUUUUUGACUCAGCCGGGUUUUGUCGAUUUAACCCAAUCAUCCGAAUUGACUGGAGAAGAAUCUUCAAUUGAACAGCUUGCAACGCCAGAGACCACCACCAGUGAUCGCUAUGAUGAUUCUGAACUUCCGUCAGGACAACGUGUGAUUCCGGUCGAUGGUAGUAGACAGAGAAAUAACAGAGAGUCGGUUGAAGACACCAACUUAAACGAUGUAACCAGAUGGACAUCUACACAGCUGAACGCUUGGGAGCAAUUGUCUUGGAGCAGUGAUUGUGAAGUGCCCACGAGAGGUCGUCAGACACCGUUUGCUUUUCAGGAAGAAGCAAUAGAUUCUGUGAAUAAUGGUCAAGGUUGUAUUGAAAACUUAUUUGUGGAUAUGAUAAAUCGUCUUAGUAGACAACGUGAAGAAAUUCUCACCAAAUUGCAUCAACAGCAUAAUGAGAUUUGCAACAGACUAGCCAUUUACGACACUUACUUCGAUGAGAUUCGCGAUCGUCUGAAUAGACAAGAUGACAGAAUUCGCGAGCUGAUAGACAGCUGUGCCCGCUCUUCCCGCGGAAUGUUUGAAAAUUUUGCAAUCAUUCACGAUGUGUUACGUGAACACUUACGAGAGCGUCGUUUGAUUGUGGAUCUCCUCGGUGCUAUACAUCACCAAUUAUUUCGUAGAUAGAUAUCAUCCUGUUUAGCUUUGCUACAUCUCUUACAUAGCAUGUUUUCAUUAUAUUUUUAAAAAAUGUAUCCAUGAUUUUCACACUAUGAUUUAAAAACAUGUAUCACUGUUUAAUCACUGUUUUCAGCACUGAUUUUUAAAACAUUUAUCCAAUAACUUGUAUCUUUUCAGUCUGUUUUUAAAAAUUGUAUCUUUUCAAAAUUGUAUUCAACAUAAUUCAAUCUUGUCUUUUCACACUGUUCUAAAACAUUUAUCCACAAAUAACUUGUAUCUUUUUACAUCAUAUUAAAAACAUGUAUCCAUGAGUAAUCUUUUCAAUCUGUUUUUUAAAAUUGUAUCUUUUCAAAAAUUGUAUUCAACAUAUUUCAAUUCUUGUCUUUUCACACUGUUUUAAAACAUUUAUCAACAAAUAACUUGUAUCUUUUUACACCAUAUUAAAAACAUGUAUCCAUGAGUAAUCUUUUCAUUUUGUUUUUAAAAUUGUCUUUUCAAAAAUUGUAUUCAACAUAUUUCAAUCUUGUAUUGUUUUCACACUAUGUUUUACUAUAUCAUUAUCUUUUUAAAUGUAGUGUAUGUUUUGAACAAAGUUAUUAUGUGAUUUGUUCUAGACUCUGUACAACACAACCUGUUUUAAUAAUUGUCACAAACAUGCUACUAUGUGAUUUCCUUCUGUACGACAUAACCUGUUUUCACACUAUAUCAUUUUUAAGUGUACUGUAUGUUUUGAACAAAGAUAUUAUGUGAAUUGUUCUAGACUCUGUACAACACAACCUGAUUUAAUAAUUGUCACAAACAUGCUACUAUGUGAUUUGCUUCUGUACGACGCGAUCUGUUUUCACACUAUAUCUUUUUAAGUGUACUGUAUGUUUUGAACAAAGUUAUUAUGUGAUUUGUUUCUGUAUCUGUACUACACAACCUGUUUUAAUGUUUCAUUUCAUGUCAUUUUCACUGUUUUACAUUGUAUGUUAAUGAUUUAGUCACUGUUUUACACUGAUUUGUAUGCUGAUGUUUUAGCCUCUGUUUUACAUUGAUUUGUUUUUUACAAAUCAAUAGGUUGUACCUAUUCCAUUUUGUUUUAUGCUGUGCUAUAUAUUAAUUUGUAAUUGUUCGCCUCUGUAAAGGUUAGGAAAAAAAAAUGGAAGUAGAAGAAAAAUGUUCAGACGGUGGCUAUGGGUGUCAAACUCUCACAUACCUGUUACUGAGCGCGAUCGAAAAUAAUGAAGCGGGCAUACAAAAUAUUUCUCUUUCCGAUAGAUUACAACAUCUAAAAAAUACGUAUCCAAAUUCUGCAGAUUUGACAAAUAUGUUUACGUUGCAUCAAAUUUCUAAUUUGGAUCAGUUGGAAAUAACAGUAGAUCAAAGCCUAAAUCAUAAUCUGUGCAAUCGUUUACAGGAAAUAAUAAACAGUCACAAUGCGCAGGUAAUACAAUACGGUAGUGGUUUACGUAAUACAUCCGAUCAGACUUCCAAUGUUGCACCUACCUCUUCAGAAAAUGAUGAUUUCACACAACCAUCGACUAGUCACGCAACGCUUGAUACAAAUAAUGCAGACCGAUCCAACGACGCAGGAUCAUCUUCAGGUACUUCACUACCGAGUCGUGCCGAUAUCGCAGCAUUGUUAGAUCGGGGUGGAACUGUAAACGGAUAUCGUGUUUUGCCUAGACCCAGAUUCAAUAGUGUGGAACUGCAAAGAUCCAUGAAUCUGAGGGAGAUUAACUCUACCGAUUUGGCCGCAUAUCACAUUUUCUUUCACGACACCAUGGCUGAAGUAGUAUCCUUAGCCCGGCAUAUCGGUGGGGAUGGUAGUGUUAUCAACUUGACCUUGAAAGGUCCAAAUUUAAAAUCGGAUGUUACAGGUGUUUUAACACCCAGUAAUAAUUAUGACGUUAACAUCUUCAUCGAUCAAAUCAGUAGGAUUUUACAAAGUGAUGAUCAGCUUAUGUCGGACGACCAGAUUGAAAUUCAAGCUAACAUAGCCAUGAAUAGACAAGGCGGCGGCACUCGCCGUAAACUUGUAGAUUUGUCUCUCAAUGAGGUGAUUAAAAGAAAAAAGAUGAGUUUAUUUUGUCCGAUGAAUGUUUCGAACAAAUUAUGCUUCUCUAUCUGUCUUGCACGUUUUUUGAAUUCUCAGUUACCGGAGAGAGCGAAUUGGAAUCGUGUGCACUGA